AUGAUAUACGGGGUUGGUUUCCUUCCAGUAUUCAAAGUGAUUCAUAGGAUGAUUAAUCAGAAUGAAACGGCAGAAGAAGUGAUUGGGACAACCACUGCAGUACCUGAUCCAUCAUACUCUACCUUAAACGGUAAUGUUCCAUGGAUUAUUGGAAUUUGUUCGGCAUUGUCACUUGUGAUGAUCUUUGGUUUGAUUAGGUGUCUAAUCAGAGGAAGAAGAUCAAGAAGAAUUGAUAUUGGUCUGAGUGAGAUGAACACAGCUGCAAAUAUGAAAUGA